CAAAAUCGGGACGGGAGCUUUUUGGCUAUUUUCGGCCCCGGGGGGCCCUCGCUGGGCCGCGGGACCGACAGAAUGCUAUUCUCAGGAUCCGUAGCCAUUUUGGCUCAAGCCAUGUGGGCUCGAGCUGUCAGAAGUUAAUUCGGAAAGAGCACGAGCAACUGUACAGCCCCGUUGUUGCAUGAGCGCCCGUCCGUGAUCGACGGACAUGCUUACCGUCGAGACGAGCGGCGUCCUCUUGGGGCUUCUGUCCUACACCGUCUUCUUCUUCACGUAUCCAUGUUUGUCUCAGAUCCUACCGUUGGGCGACAGCUAUCGCAGCUUAAAAACGAUGGUGGUCGCGGCCCGAGUGCGUUCCAAUGCCAAUGCACCGCUGAUCAACUUGCCUUCGUUGCCGGUGUACCUGAGCAGCCUGCAUCUUUAUGGGCUCGACCAGCACUCGCAACGGUGUCAGAACUUAGACGACCACGCCAAAUUCUACGGCUGCGCACUGGGAAGUUACUUUCUGGUCGACUCACUCGUUGUGCUAUGGUACCGUGAGACGAUGGGUAUGGUUUAUUCAACGCUGGUGCACCAUUUCUGCGGUGUGUGGGGGGCAACAUAAACGCAGUUCUGAUUGGUUCCCCGAACCUGUAUUGCAUUUGGUUUUUCGUCUGCGAGAUUUCGAUGCCGAUGGUGAAUCUGCGCUGGUUCCUUGCCAAAGUAAGCUAAGACGCGCCCAACAGCACCUUGUACGUCGUGAACGGCCUGGCCAUGGUGCUCGUGUUCGGCCUGGUGCGAGUGUUUCCGCUGCCUUGGACGCUCUAUUUGCAUUGGGCUCGCGACUGGGACACGCUUGGGAAGGUGAAGUAUGCGAGCGAGUUUGAGACUAUAUAUGGGUUCAGCUAUCAGAAGUAUUGGUUCUGCAUGCUGGCGGUCUUUUGUGUGCUUCAGACGACUUGGUGGAUUUUGAUGGUUAAGGGCGCGCUAAAGGCGAUGCGGAAAACUCCGCCUAAAAAGGAUGAUUGAGAUCGAAUGUAGAAUGGAUUUGGUGUUGUAUUGUAGGACGGGUGUGUAAUUGCAGUUGUGCGAGACAUGUGUUUACCAUUAUACAGCGUCUAAUUCGGAUCUGCCCUCAGCAUCUGCUGUCGUAGACUGCUAUUGCUGUCUGGUAGCGCGUCGGUCAGCGGGUGUCAGCGGCCUUCGUCGGGAUUUGCGCACGCCGUCGUCUUUAGCACGCCUGGGCUCGAUCCCUUGAGGCCUGCCGG